CGUUGACUUCAUAAUUAUUUACAUUGUCUUUUCUGGAGAACCUGAACAACUGCUGGAUAUAUUCGACGAUGUUCUGAACAGUGUUCUAGAAGCCUUGAGUACGAUUUCAAACGAUGUUGGACCGGUAACAAUGACUUCAGGCUUCUGUGAGAACGAGCCAUGUCAGAACGGAGCUAUGUGCAUCGAUGCCGAAGACUUUUCAGACUUCACGUGCUCCUGUACCGCCGGAUUCACGGGCAGAUCAUGUUUAAGAAAUAUUGAUGAAUGCGAAGGAGUGACGUGUGCUAACGAUGGCACAUGCCUGGACGGGAUUAAUGAUUUCACUUGCGUCUGUCCACCUGGAUGGGGAGGAGAUCUGUGUGAUACAGAUACGGACGAAUGCCUGAACGACCCCUGUGGUAACCAAGGAACAUGUGCCAAUAAUGAGGGCUCCUUCUCAUGCAACUGUGCGCCGGGUUACGAAGGUUUUUUGUGCGACAUCGAUGUGGACGAAUGUGCAACUAAUCCUUGUGAAAAUGAGGGAACCUGUCAGAACGGGGAAGGCUCAUAUACAUGCCAGUGUAUUAGAGGAAGGGAAGGCCAGAAUUGUGAAAUUGAUAUCAAUGAAUGUGAAACAACUCCUUGCCAGAAUUCAGGUUUCUGUAUCAACAACGACGGUUCUUUCACAUGUGACUGUAGGCUCACGGGACAUGAAGGGCCCAUCUGUGAAAAUGAUAUUGACGAAUGCGAAGGAGUGACGUGUGCUAACGAUGGCACAUGCCAGGACGGGAUUAAUGAGUUCACUUGCGUCUGUCCACCCGGAUGGGGAGGAGAUCUAUGUGAUACAGGAACAACACCGGGAACAACCCCUGGCACAACACCUGGAACAACUCCGGGAACCACACCAGUAACUACACCAGGCACAACACCAGCUAGCACAUUAUGGAACAACACUUGGAACAACCCCCGGAACAACACCUGGAACAACGCCUGGAACAACACCCGGAACAACCCCUGGAACAACUUCGGGAACCACACCAGGUACUACACCAGGCACAACACCAGGAACAACACUUGGAACAACCCCCGGAACGACGCCUGGAACAACGCCAGGAACAACACCCGGAACAACCCCUGGAACAACUGCUGUAACAACGCCAGCUACAUCAUCUGGAACAACACCAGGAACAACUCCGGGAACCACACCAGGUACUACACCAGGCACAACACCAGGUAAGGUCAAUUUUGUUUGGGCUUUAAAGCUA